GCUGAAGGGAUGGAGUGUCAUUAUCAAAUCAAUCAGAGAGCCACCCUGGAACGCAUGGAGGGCGAGAGAAAACAGAAGGUAGCGGCUACCAAUGCUGUGAAAAGCUGGUGCAUGUCUAAGAUUCAGGAUCUUGAAGCGCGAAUGCCUGCAGAGACACAAUACUACAAACUUCUGCGCUCUCCGUCCGUGGAUCAGUCUCGGGUGGAUUCAGACCCCGAGGGUCUCCCGCUGCUGUCGCUCAUCUCUGAGGAGAGCUCCAGCUCGCUGGCCACUUACGUCAAUGUGUUACCCAGCCCAGGAGCAGGUCCUAACAAUGACGGGAAAAGUCUUGAAUUUGGGGACGCACAUGGGAGGAGAUACAUUGAGAUGAAGCUGAACGGUUCUUCAGGUGAAUAUCAUAACCUGACAGCUCCUUCAAUGGUCAAACACAAACCUCUAUCACGGAAGCUGGCGACUGCUGACCCCAAGUGGCAGCGAGCAGAAGUGCAGGAGGUUGAUGUCUCAAAGUCCAGGUCAGACAAAGGGGAUGAACUCUGCGACAGCAGUGGCAGCAGCAGCAGCAGCCUGUCCACAUCCAGCAAGCGUUUCAACGACAGCAAAAGAGAACCAGCACCCGGCCCGGCCUGGAAACACAGCAGGCACCUGAAGGACAGGAUUAAAGCACAUCACGCUCAAACCCAGCAGAGCAACACCAUGAAGACCAUGGAGGUGUUUUCCCAGCGGCCCGUGGAGGCCACCUUCACCCAAGAGCGGGCAAACUUGCACGCUGUGGAGGUGGCACAGCGUUUCUUUGAGACAGUCUCCACACAGCUGGAACGCUGGUACGAGAGGAAGAUCCAGGAAGCGCAGAAGGUGGCAGAACAGAAAGCUCUGCAGGACAGAGCCAGUCUACUGGAGAGGAUCAACACCCUGGAGGAAGAGCUACAGAGGCUUCGCACUAACACUAAUACAAACUCUUCUUGACACAUGCGUGCUAUGUAUGCCCAGAUACCUUGAUUCCACCUAAUAUGAAAUUCAUGGCAAUAUAAAUGAGAUUGUAGCUUUGUAAACACUGAGUAAACUUACAGUAAUGUAAUGGUUCUAUAGUAA